AUGUCGGGUUUCUUUGGUGCUGAGAAAAGCAACUCCUCAAACACCUCCUGCUCCCACUCCAGGUUCCACUCCAGCUGUCGAGUGACAUCAGAGGACGUGGAAGUCUGGGGAAGCCCCGAGUGCGAGAGUAAGGUGGUGGAACAAAGCCUUCCCGGCAGAGAUAGGACAAAUGGGGGCAGCUGUCUGAGACCCUGCUGUGUGUGGGACACUGCGGCCGGGACGGGAUCACCACUGUCUGAAGAAUACACGGUUCUCAAAGACAUUUCUGAGCUUUGA